AUGGAAAGCAGAUACGAUCAAGACGAGCAUAGCGUAGGACGGGCAAUACGCGUUAUGAUGACGAAUCACAACCGCAACAAACCAACUGACAGAAAAGAGAUCCAGGAUGCGAUAGGCUGUAUGAAGGAGAAAACAGAAGAAAUCAUUCACAAGGCAACAGAAUACAUAAAAAUAUUUGGAUUGGAAAUUGUGAAAGUGGGCGAUAAAAAAGAGAAGUUCUUCAUUGUAAAUGAGACAAGUUAUAGGAAGCAGGAGGCUGUAUUCUAUGGCAGAGAGGCGAGUAAGAAUGAGAUAGAGAAGCAAAACAAGAAGACCAAUUCAAGUCAAGAGCAAAAUGAGAGUAUUCAAAUAAGUACUCAGGUCCUUAGAACACAGACUGACACACAGGGUGAUAUUCCAGUAGAAAAACAGCAGCUUUAUACUCUAUUUGGGUUGAUUCAGGCUGAAUUAGACAAAUUCAACAGCGUAGACAUUCUAAAGGAUUGCAUUCUCUUUAAAAAUGAAAAUAUCAGAGAGUACCUGAAAAAGGUGAAGGGAGAGGGAUACAUCAAACAGAGCGUAGAAGAUAACGUUCUGAGCUAUUCUCUUGGUUGGAGAUUCUACGCUGAAUACGGCAGAUUCUUCAACAUGAGCAAAUUCUACAAAAUAAAGAAAGGCAGCAGAAUGUGA